GAUUUGGACAUUUUUAUUGUGCUGUGUUGUCAGUGUUUUGUUGACAUUUCGGCUCGUUGUCUCAAACAUGUGUGCUCAACACUGUCCCGAGGCGGGACGUGUCUCCGCUGAGGCUCGCGCAAGUGCUCGCGCUCCUGUUACCUAGUUACGAACUAACUAGCAGGAGCUAAGCUAAGCUAACUGCUAGCAGCAGCAGCAGCAGCAAGUGAUUUAUUUGAUCAGACUUGUCAGUUUUCAUCUCCCAUCACGCCUGUGGUUUUGGGACCCAAUGUUGCCACGGGAAGAAACAGACAAACUGAGACAUAGCACUCCGUGAAUGAGUGGCUCACAAGCCAGACAAACGAAGAGAUACCGAGAGGAGAGACCCCUAUUCUGCAUCAUUCUUGUGUAACAGAUUGCAACAGAACUAGACGGCCAGACCGUUGCCAUGUCGACCUCAUCGCUACGGCGACAAGUAAAGAACAUCGUCCACAACUAUUCAGAGGCUGAGAUCAAGGUUAGAGAGGCAACGUCCAAUGACCCAUGGGGCCCCAGCAGCUCUCUGAUGUCAGAGAUCGCUGAUCUGACCUACAAUGUUGUGGCCUUCUCCGAAAUCAUGAGCAUGGUGUGGAAACGCCUCAAUGACCACGGCAAGAACUGGAGACAUGUGUACAAGGCUAUGACUCUUAUGGAGUACCUGAUAAAGACGGGUUCAGAACGUGUUGCCCAACAGUGCCGAGAGAACAUAUACGCAGUCCAGACCCUCAAGGAUUUUCAGUACAUUGACAGAGACGGCAAAGACCAGGGGGUGAAUGUGCGGGAGAAAGCCAAACAGCUAGUGACACUGCUGAAAGAUGAAGAGAGACUAAGAGAGGAGAGGAUCCACGCCCUCAAAACCAAAGAGAAGAUGGCACAGACUUCCAGUGCCUCCUCAGCUCCCUCAGCACCCAGCAUCGGAGGCAGCCUGUCAGUGGGCUCCCACUCUGGAGGGGCAGACCCUGAGCAGGCCUGGCCACAGAGCUCCGGAGAGGAAGAUCUGCAGCUCCAGCUGGCUUUGGCUAUGAGUAAAGAAGAGGCAGAGCAGACUAGCACGGACCCUCUGGAGGACGCAGAGAUCCGCUAUGCAAUCACUCUCAGCAAAGAGAUGCAACAAAAGGAAGAGCGACUGCGCAGAGGUGAUGACCUGAGACUGCAGAUGGCCAUCGAGGAGAGCAAGAGGGAGAAGCUGAAGCCUGAGGAGAGUGCUCUGAUGGAGCUCAGUGCCGUGGACCCCUGGGGGGCCCCUGCUGCUGGCGCCGCAGCUGCCACCGCCACUGUGGGGUCUGCUGGCCCCUCACCUCCACCCACGGUUCCUGCCCCUGCUGCCUCAGGUCCGUGGGGGGCAGCCCCCGCAGACCCAUGGGGGGUAGCGUCACCCACAUCUCCUACAAGCUCUGACCCGUGGGGUGGGGGAGCCCCACCGACUAUAGCCCCUCCUCCAGACCCGUGGGGAGAGACGUCCAACAGAGUUAACAACGUCGACCCCUGGGGAAGCUCAGCUGUGACCCCCCCCAGUGCCGACCCCUGGGGCCCCCCAGUGCCACCCAGCACUUCCUCCUCGGGGGGGCCAGUAGACCCAUGGGCAAGGGACGGGCCUAUCCCUGCCUCUGACCCUAUCACCCCUGACAUCUGGAGUAGCACCGCCGCCAAACAUACUAACGGCACAGGAGACCCAGAGCGGCGAGGGUCCCCAGCAAUGGGCUGUGACAGCACAGGCUCACCGGUGCCCUUCGACCUGUCAUCUCUUGGUUCUUCGCUUCCCGUUCGUAAGACUCCUGAAUCUUUCCUCGGCCCCAACGCAGCGCUGGUGGACCUCGAUUCUCUCGUGUCAUCGAAACCCAAACCCAAACAACCGCCGCCUCCUUCCAUCUCUUCCACUUCAGCGCACAACCCCUUCCUCCAGAACACAGGCUCAUCUCCUGUUCCUGGCAUGGCAGUGACUCCAGGCAGCACCAUUUCAAGUAGGGGGGUCUCUCCAACACCUGCCUCCUCCAAUCCUUUCGGCGUGGCUCCACCCAUGACCUCUAUCUCACCUCAGCCCUCAUCACUUGGCCUUAGCGGCCUCCGCUCCAGUCCUGUGCCUCCCAAUCCCAUGCUGGGCAUGGUGCAACCAGGAAUGGGCAUGGGGCCGAUGAGCGUGGGUAUGGGGGUUCCAGGAAUGGGCCUGGGCAUGAUGCAGGCAAGCCCCAUGGGCAUGCCGUACAGUGGGCUCUCGCCUAUGGCUCCCCCAGGUUCGUCCCUGUUGGGGCCAGGAGGUGCAGCACAUCCUCAGCUGAUUUUGGGUGGGCCCACUGGAACAGGAGGAGUGAUGGGAGCAGGAGGAUCAGUGGGAGGCGGAGGAACGACGGGAGCGAGCACCAACCCUUUUCUUCUUUGAGGAAGUGUCACCACUACUUUGCUCACCUGUUUCAACCUCCUCUGUCGUACCUG